AGAUAGUGGAGAACUCGGGAUCCCGUCUGCUCUCCCAUAGAUAAGCCACUAAUCGCUAGACUAGUAGUUGGGUGGGUGACCACCAGCGAAUCCCUAGUGUUGUAUGUUUUUUGGGCACUUUUUUUCCGCGGGUGCCCUUGCCAGUAUUCUUUUAGGCUCAAUCGUGUCGUUGCGCCAGUGGCAUUCCAGUGGUGGCCGUGGCGGCGGCACAUCUUUUUCAUCGCUUGGCGUCAUUGCUGCUGCAGCCGUCGCUGCGCCGCCGAUGGCACCAAACAGGCUCACCCCCGUCGGGAUCAGCGAACUCCUACUAGUCAACGUCAUCAUCACCGUCAGGCUUCUUAGAGACGAUGAACCCUAGCUUGAAUAAGAUGGUAGCCCGAUCUGUUUCUCACCAAGUCCAAGUCGGCAGGCCCGCAUUUGAAAAAUAGUACUACCCAACACCAUGGCGACUACCUUCCUCAUU